AUGGCGUCUCAUGAUGCUACCGCCACUGCCACCGUUCCAGAGAUGGCACCUGUGUUUCAUCCCAUAGUGUGGGGUGACUUCUUCAUCAACUACAAUCCAGAACCGUUACAGAUGUCAGAGGAAAGGAUGACAGAGAGGUCCAAUCAACUGAAGGAGAAAAUAAUCGGGUUAUUUUCGUGCGGUACCAUAGUUGAGCAACUGAACCUUGUAGACACACUCCAACACCUAAGCGUAGAUCAUCAUUUUCAUGAAAAAAUUGACUCCACAUUAAGAAGCGCUCAUGCUGGUGAAUUCAAUAGCUCCAGCCUUCAUCAUGUCGUCCUUCGGUUCCGCAUACUGAGGCAGCAAGGCUUUUGGGUGUCUCCGGAUGUAUUCAGCAAGUUCAAAGAUGAAGAUGGGGCCUUCCAUGUUACCAUAACUAACGACCCAAGGGGGCUAUUAAGUCUAUACAAUGCAGCAUACCUUUUUAUCCAUGGGGAGACAGAACUUGAAGAAAGCAUCUCGUUUGCGAGGCGACACCUCGAAUCGAUGAAAGGUAAGCUUGAGUACCCAUUGGCAGAGCAAGUCAGGCGCGCCCUUCACUUGCCGCUGCCAAGGACCUUGAAGAGAGUAGAGGCGCUGCAUUAUAUGUCAGAGUACAAAGAAGAGCCGAUACACAACACCUCCAUUCUGGAGUUCGCCAAACUGGAUUUUAACGUUCUGCAACGUCUCCACUUGAAGGAGCUCAAGGCUCUCUCUAGAUGGUGGAAAAAUCUUUACAGAGAAGUGGGGCUAAACUACUCGCGGGAUCGUGUGGUUGAGUGUUACUUCUGGGCGUAUACGGCAUACUAUGAGAAAGAGUACACACGUGCAAGCAUGAUUCUUGCCAAGAUAAUCGCAAUAAUAAUAAUGACAGACGACACUUACGAUGUCCGUGCUACUUUGGUGGAGUGUAGACAGCUCAAUGAAGCUAUACAAAGAUGGGAGGAGAGUGCUACUUCUUUUCUACCAGAGUACUUACAGAAGUUCUACCUCAAGCUGAUGAGCACCUUCAAGGAGUUUGAGGACGAAUUGAAACCGGAUAAUAAGUACCGGGUCGCUUUUAGCACAAAAGCGUUUCAAAUAUUGUCAAGCAACUAUCUCCAAGAAGCCGAAUGGUUUCAUCAGAAUCACAAGCCAAGAUUCAAUGAUCAAGUGAAGGUAUCUAGUGUCUGCUCAGGCGGGCCAUGGAUAUGUGUUGGGUUGCUUGUUGGUAUGGGCGAUGCUGCAACCAAGGAGGCACUGGAAUGGGCCCUCGGCUGCACUGAUGCUGUCAGGGCUUGUGCAGAGGUGACACGCUUCAUGAAUGAUCUAGCUUCACUUAAGCGUGGGAAGAACAAAAAUGAUGUGGCCAGCUCCGUGGAAUGUUACAUCAGUGAGCAGGGCGUGGCGAGUGAGGUCGCCAUUGCCAAGAUAGGUUCUCUGAUCGAAGACGCAUGGAAGACUACGAACCAAGCACGCUUUGAGCUCCCUGAGCUGCUGCUUCCGGCGGUGCAGCGAGUCGCAAAUAUAACGAUCAGCAUGCCGUUCAUGUAUGAUAACAAGACAGAUGCCUUUACGUUUAGCAGCCGUCUUGAGGGGACGAUUAAGCGACUGUUUGUCAAUCCUAUCAAGCUCUAG